UAAUAACAAUAGUGAAGUUCGCGCGAGCCGCUGUAACGAUGGCUCUUCGUGCUGUGAUGUCUUCUAAAGUUCCUAUGGUGAUAAUUUUAGGUGCAACAGGUACGGGGAAGACUAAGUUAAGUGUGGAAUUAGCACAAAAGUUCGGUACGGAGAUCAUCAGCGCAGAUUCUAUGCAGAUCUACAAGGGUCUGGACGUGGUGACGGCGAAGGCAUCUGCGAAGGAGCGGGAGAUGGCUCCCCAUCAUCUGCUGGACAUCCUGGAGCCCCAUCAGAUGUUCACAGUCGUAGACUUCAGAAACAGGGCACUAAAACUUAUAGACAAUCUAGUAGAACAGAAGAAGAUACCAAUUAUAGUUGGAGGUACAAAUUACUACAUAGAAUCAAUCGUCUACAAAAUAUUGGUCGAAGAUAUGAAUGACGAUGAAGCCUUACUAUGGGACAAGAGUGGACGAAAAAGAGAUCUAGACGAUAAAGAAGCAAUAAGCAACGCAAAAACUACAAAACUUGACAAAGAUUCAGAAGUAGGAGUUCCAAGUACUUCGGAUGAGGAUAAAACCAAAGUUGAUUCACCAAUUGAAAAUAAUGAAACGAAUUUAGAAAUUAGUAUAGAUAAAUUAAAAGAAGAUGUAUAUAAUGAAGCGAAGUUUACAAACGAAGAGAUACAUGCGAAAUUGAAAGCUGUUGACCCGAAAAUGGCGGAGCGAUUACACCCGAAUAAUAGACGAAAAGUAUUGAGGUCCAUAGAAGUAUUGCUGAAAACAGGUCGACGUCACAGCGAGAUCCUGGCAGAGCAGAAGCUGAGCGAGGGUCAGCUGCGGAGACCAGGGGCGACAAUCAUAUUCUGGCUCAAGUGUGAACAGACAAUUCAUGAUGAGCGCCUGAACUCCCGUGUGGACGCCAUGUUGGAAGACGGCCUCAUUCAGGAGCUUUUGGACUUCCACGCGAAGCACAACAAGCAGAGGAUUCAAGAUGGAAAGCCGCCGGACUACACCAAAGGAGUCUUUCAAACUCUCGGCUUUAAAGAAUUCCAUGACUAUUUAAUGUUACCCAUUGAAGAAAGAAACAGCGAUAAAGGAAAAAAUAUGCUACAACAAAGUAUAGAAAACAUGAAAAUGGGCACUCGAAGGUACGCCCGCCGGCAAAACAAAAUGAUUCGAGGAAGGUUCUUAGAGCACCCGACGAGAGAAAUUCCUCCAAUUUACGAAUUAGAUACUACUGAUGUUUUAAAAUGGGACGAAGAAGUCAAAAAUAAAGCCAUACACAUUAUAGAAAGCUACCUCAAUGAUACCCAGAGUGAAUUUGAACCCUUACACUCGAAUAUAGACGAUAGUAAAAGGGAAAUGGAUCGGAACUCUCACAACUAUUGCGAUGUAUGCAACAGAAUAUUUAUAGGCGACAAUGUGUAUGCAAUACAUUUAAAUUCUUUUAGACAUAAGAAAGUAUUGAAGAAAAAGAAUCUGGGAAAACUAAAACAAGUAAAGACCGAACAAUAAUAACUUAUGUAAUACAUGUUUUUUGUUGUGUAAUAUUAAGAUUGACAUUUUUGACAAAUAAACUGUUUUGCUCUGUAA